AUGCUUGUCAAACACAUCCUUUCGAUCGCUUCCAUCAUCUCGGCACUUGCCGGUACUGCUACUUCGGCUCGUGUCUCUCGUCAGGAUGCCUUGGGCUUGAGGAGACGGACGGCUCACGAGAAGCGCAAUGGCCUUGUUCUUCACAAGCGCUCAACUUGGGAUGCACCAGACGGCGUGAUCUCUCCCAAGGUGUUCAUUGUCUCCAUGUUCGAGCCUGAAAUGGAGCCAUGGAUUGAGCCCUUCGGUCUGUACGCUCAAAACAUCACCGUCCCUGGUCUUUCGCCUCUCUUUCCCAAUGUUCACUGCGAUGCUGCCGGUGAAAUCUGCCAGUACACUACUGGUGAAAGCGAGAUCAACGCUGCUUCAUCCACUACAGCGCUUUUGCACAGUCCUUACUUCAACCUCACCUCGACGUUCUUCCUCAUCGCAGGUAUCGCCGGUGCCAACCCUCACAUUGCCACUACCGGCUCCGUCACCUUCGCUAAGUUUGCGGUGCAAGUCGCUCUUGAGUACGAAUUCGUCACCAGGGAACUCCCUAGUAACUACUCCACUGGCUACAUCCCUCUCGGCGCCGACGCUCCUGAUCAGUACCCAGGACACAUUUACGGAAGCGAAGUCUUCGAGUUGGACGACAACCUUCGUCAGCGUGCCAUGUAUCUCGCCAACCUCACCACAUUGGCCGACACUGCGACGACACAGAAGUAUCGUGCUCUCUAUGAUUACGCACCCGCGAACCAGCCCCCUGCCGUUGUUGGAUGCGAUGUUGUGACCAGUGAUGCCUACUGGUCUGGCGAGCUCCUUGCGGAGUCUUUCGGGAACUACACCUCUCUGAUCUCCAACGGAAGCGCAGUGUACUGCUCUACUGCCCAAGAAGACAAUGCUACCCUCGAAGCCAUGGUCCGUGCUGCAGCCACCGGCCUCAUGGACUUCUCUCGCAUCAUUGUUAUGCGUACCGUUUCCGACUUUGACCGUCCCCCGAAGGGCGAGGCUGCUUUCACAAAUCUCCUCUUUGCCUCUCAAGGUGGCUUUACGCCUGCAAUUGACAACAUUCUGAUUGCUGGAGGAAUGAUUGUGAAGGACAUGUUGAUGUACUGGGAUGACACCUACGCUCCGGGCAUCAAACCUGGUAACUACAUUGGAGACAUUUUCGGAACCCUUGGCGGUAUCCCGGACUUUGGACCUGGACCUUAG